AUGUCAUGUUUGUUUUCCAUUACUUGACUGUCUUUUGUCUCAUGAUCUUUUUGCAAUUUGCUCAUUUCCAGGGCAGCAAGUUCUUGGCUUGGUGGAAAACCAGAGUGAUUGGUAUUUGGGCAACCUUUGGAAGAAUCAUCGGCCCUGGCCAGCACUUGGGAGGGGAUACAACACAGGAGUUAUCUUGCUGCUUCUCGAUAAGUUACGGAAGAUGAAAUGGGAGCAGAUGUGGAGACUCACAGCAGAGCGGGAGUUAAUGAGCAUGCUGUCCACUUCACUGGCUGACCAGGAUAUCUUCAAUGCAGUCAUCAAACAAAAUCCCUUCCUUGUCUACCAGCUCCCAUGUUUCUGGAAUGUGCAGCUGUCUGAUCACACCCGUUCCGAGCAGUGCUACAGAGAUGUGUCUGACCUGAAGGUGAUUCAUUGGAACUCACCAAAGAAGCUGCGAGUGAAAAACAAGCACGUGGAGUUUUUCCGCAAUCUCUACCUGACAUUCCUGGAAUAUGAUGGGAAUUUGCUGAGACGGGAACUCUUUGGCUGUCCCAGUGAGGCAGACCAGAAGGGAUCUUCUGCUAAACAGCUGUCUGAGCUGGAUGAGGAUGACUUAUGCUAUGAAUUCCGUCGAGAACGUUUCACCGUCCAUCGCACCCAUUUGUAUUUUCUACAUUACGAAUACGAGCCUGCUUCAGACAAUACCGAUGUAACACUGGUGGCUCAACUUUCAAUGGACAGGCUCCAGAUGCUUGAAGCCAUCUGCAAACACUGGGAAGGUCCAAUCAGCCUGGCACUCUAUCUUUCUGAUGCAGAAGCCCAGCAAUUUCUGCGCUACGCCCAGGGCUCGGAAGUACUUAUGAGCCGCCACAAUGUCGGCUACCAUAUCGUGUACAAGGAGGGCCAGUUCUAUCCUGUGAAUCUGCUGAGGAAUGUGGCCAUGAAGCAUAUCAGCACACCAUACAUGUUUCUGUCCGACAUUGACUUCUUGCCUAUGUAUGGACUCUACGAGUACCUCAGGAAGUCUGUCAUCCAGCUAGACCUGGCUAACACCAAGAAAGCUCUGAUUGUACCUGCUUUUGAGACCUUACGCUACCGCCUCUCCUUCCCCAAGUCAAAAGCAGAGCUGCUAUCUAUGUUGGACAUGGGAACCCUCUUCACAUUCAGGUAUCACGUCUGGACGAAAGGGCAUGCGCCAACGAACUUUGCCAAGUGGCGAACAGCCACGACUCCCUACCGUGUUGAGUGGGAAGCAGACUUUGAGCCAUACGUUGUUGUGAGGAAGGACUGCCCAGAGUAUGACAGGCGGUUUGUUGGAUUUGGCUGGAACAAAGUAGCUCACAUCAUGGAACUGGAUGCACAGGAGUACGAGUUCACGGUGCUGCCCAACGCCUACAUGAUCCACAUGCCGCACGCCCCCAGCUUCGACAUCACCAAGUUUCGCUCCAACAAGCAAUACCGUAUCUGUCUCAAGACCCUGAAGGAGGAGUUCCAGCAGGAUAUGUCGCGCCACUACGGCUUUGCAGCCCUCAAAUAUCUCACGGCAGAGAACAACAGCUAGCACAACGGAGCCCGUGGGCGGGAAACAGGGACACCGGAGGGAGGAGCCACUCAACUUUUGGGGCCUGGGCUUCAAACUUCAGACUGAGAAACACUUUCUGUUUUUAUAUCAUACUCGGCAGUUCUAACAGUAGAAAUUUGAAGUGACAUGUCUUCAGACUAUGCUCGUUUGUCCCUUCCCCGAUUAUCCCAGGCCUUUCAGCUUUAGGAUUCAUGAGGUGUCAGCGAGAGGGGCCAGCCAGGCACCCGCCAUGCUGCCGGCAGUGGGGACUGACAGGGCCUGGGAAUGCACUCUGCUCUCUUAACUGCAGAGCCAAGACAGACCUUCACAAUAUAGGAUUUCAUGUUGCUAUUUAAUAAUUUGACAUGCUUUUUAUCUGUAAAGGA